AUGGCAGAGAUAGAAAAGACACAAACGGUGGACAAAAAGAAGAAGCGACCGUGGAGGCAAGCAGCCAGAAGGAAAGCCAAAAGGGAGAAGAAGAUAGCUGAUGGAGUCAUUGCACCAGGUAUGAUAACUUUCAUUUUCUUGGUUUUAGUAAAAUCACGAUCAUAAAGUAGAUGAAAAACGGAGUCCAACCGAACAUGGUCAUUAUAUGCUUUAUUGACCACCAGUUACAGUUAAAUCGAUAUAAAAUAGCACAAACAUUAAAAAUUGUUGUCAACUUGAACCUUAUAUUAUAGAUGCCCCAAUAGUCUCAACUCCACGACCAGAAGGCGAAAGGAAACGCAAAAAGAAGAAGAAAAAGACUCAAGAGGAUGGAGAAACUUCAGGAGAGCCUCAAACAAUAGAACCAACGGAAGAAGAGCCUGUAGAAAAGAAACCGAAGAAGAAACCAUCGUUGAAUGGAUCUGGAGAUCUACAAGGGAAGUUGGCGGCUUCACAAUUUAGAUUCUUGAACGAGCAGUUGUAUACAACUACCUCUAAAGAUGCCGUAGGGUUGUUCAAGAAAGACAAGAAGGCCUUUGAUGCUUAUCAUAAAGGAUACGCUGCUCAGGUCAAGAAGUGGCCCAUGAACCCAUUGGACAAUAUUAUCAUGGAUUUGCAGGCAAGUUGAUAUUUGGUUUUAUAUGUUUAGGAAGCGUUAGCAUACUAUAGUAUACUACCUGAUUAUAAUAUGCAAAAAAGUUAUUAGUAUACUAGGGUUUGGGCAAGGCAAGUGCUAUAUAAAAGUCGAUGUAUUUAUAACUAAAGUAAUGUUUCAGGAACUAACGAAAGGCACAAAAGUGGCAGACAUGGGCUGUGGAGAAGCUUUGAUAGCUCAAAAACUUGGCAAAACAUUAGAUGUACGAUCGUUUGAUCUAGUAGCAGCUAAUGAACAUGUAACCGAAUGUGAUAUCACAAAAACACCUUUGAAAGAUGGAGAAGUUGAUGUUGUAGUAUACUGUCUUAGUUUAAUGGGCACAAACCUGGGCGAUUUCAUUAGAGAAGCUAACAGAGUACUGAAGGACGGGUGAGUACCUUAUUUUUGGAUCUAAAGCUAAAAUAUUUUGUGGAUGCUAUCAUAAUUUAAACCAACAUAGGGCUGCGUUUUUAUAAAAGAAAUUUUAAAUUAUAGAUGGUAAUUUCAGAGGUAAACUGAAGAUAGCAGAAGUGUUAAGUAGGUUCAGACACGUCAAAAAUUUUAUCAAAGCUGUUGAACAAAUGGGAUUUCAACUCAAGAAAAAAGUAAGUUUACAGUUUAUUUUGGGGAAGUCUUGACUCGGAAAAUGAAAGAUUUGGCUCACAAUUUGUUUUAGUACUAUAUAGUUCUUUUCAGUUAUAAACGUGAACUUUUAAUAUUUUACCGAGCAUUUUUAUCGCAUUUUUGUGAUUUCAGAGAGAUUUGAAAGACUUUUUUGUUCUGAUGACCUUUAUCAAAAAUGGAAAAGUGAAACAGAAGCGGCCGACUGGCCUUAUCCUCGAGCCUUGUUUAUACAAAAAACGAUAA